GCACAGCGUAGAGGAAGUCGGCCGUUCAGCACAGCUGAAACAAACUAACACAGUCACAGACAAUAACGGACACUGCCAGCAUCUGAACAUGCAGCCACCACCCAGGAAGGUAAAGGAGAGCCAGCAGGUGAAACUGGUGUUCUCAGAGCAGCUAAGUAAACUGCAGACCAAGCAGCAUCAGGACACUGAGCUGCUGGAGGAGAUCAGGUCCUUCAGUAAGCACCGCGCGGCUAUAGAGAAGGAGUAUGGUCAGGCUCUUCAGAGGUUAGCUGUUCAGUACCAGAAGAGAGACUGGCAAAGAGGAAAUACAGAUGCUAUCACAUCUGGAAGUGUGUUUGGCGUGUGGCGGUCAGUGGUAGAUGCUACAGCUCAGACUGCUGCAUCCCGACUUGCUGCUGCAGAGGAGUAUCGCAGACUGACCGGACAAGCCUCCAGAAGUGUCCGCAAUGCAAAGGACAUCCGAGCCAAGAGAGGCCUGGAGCAGCUCCAGAGGGUACAGGGUGAAGUGGUGGAUGCUCUGCGGGAGCUGCACAGGAUCAAGAAGAGCUACCACCAACUCAGCCACAUCGCCAGCGUUGCUAGAGAGAAAGCUGCUGAUGCACAGAGCAGAGCCAGAAAGAGUGAACAUGGGAUUUUCCACUUUAAAACAGGACUACAUAAGAUGACAGCUAAGCUCAAUGCCAGGUUGAAAGAGUGCGAUGACCGUUUGGCUGAAGUUCGUAACGAGUAUCUGCUGGCUUUAGCAGCUGUGAACGCCCAUCACCAACACUACUAUACGAACGACUUGCCGCUUAUUAUGGAGAAAAUGGAUGGAGAUGUUUACGAUGAUCUGAGAAGCCAUUUUACUCUGCUGUGUGGGACAGAGAUGGACACCUGUCUGUCCACACACAAACAGUACAGCAAGAUAUGGGACAGCGUCACUAAGGUGACCAGAGAGAAAAAUAUCCAGCAGUUUGUACAAGAAUCUGUUUCCUUCAGCAAAACAGCUGAGUUUACCUUCCAGCCUGCUCCGCGUGACAAGGUGUCUUCUCUGCAGGAGGUCUGUGCUUCGGAGGCUGACGGUUGUCUGGUAAAGGAGGCAAAAAAAUGGGCCACAAAAGCUGCCAAAGACUUUAAGAUGGUCACUCAUGGGGAGAGGGCUCUACAGAUGUUAGAGAGCCGGCUGAAGCUCCUGUCGGGGGAGACGGGGCUCAGUGUGGAGCAGAAGAUCACAGAGGUGCAGGACAGUGUCAGGAAAGCCAAGCUCAGCAGGGUGAAGGCAGAGGCUCGCCUGGCUCUGUUGUCAGGCGCCGCCGCAGAGACUGAGCUGUGGCUACACAACGCCAUGAACCAGGCAGAGGAGGAGCUGGAGAGAGAGAGGCGGCUCAGCGAACAGAGGAAGUCUACGGAGGACUUUUCAGAGGAUGAGUUUGAGCUGACUGACUUUGAGGACUACAAUGAUGAGAACGGAGACAUCUUUACAGAUCCAGUGUCGGCCUCUGGAGUGUGUGUUUAUCCCGCAGCCUGCAGAGUUAUCUACACCUAUCAGGCCAGCCAAUCAGAUGAGCUGUCAAUCAUGGAAGGGGAGGAGCUUCAAGUGGUUGAAGAUGGAGACAUGGAGGACUGGUUGAAGGUGUGUAAUGCAUGCGGCCAGGUGGGCUAUGUCCCUGAACGCUAUGUGCAGUUCCUCUGUCUACCAGCAGAGGACGCUGCUCCGUUGGACAGCUCCUUCAGCUCCACCUCAUCCAUUGGGAAUAGAGAGAAGGCAGGGAGCAGAGGUGUAGCCAGAGCUCUGUACUCUUACCAGGCCCAGAGUGCAGAGGAGCUUUCCUUCCAGGAGGGGGCACUCAUCCACCUGAUACGCUGUCGACAUGGAGAGGUGGACGACGGUUUUUGGGAGGGAGAGCUGAACGGACGGAUCGGUGUCUUCCCUUCGUUGGUGGUGGAGCUGGUACACGAUGAGGGGGAGGAGGAGGAGAAACAGGAGGAGGAGGAGGAGCCUCUCCCCACCCCAACCAUGCCUCCCUUCUCUCCACCCAUCCCAAUCGCCUCAACUCCUGCCUGUAGUUCAGUGCUCAGUGCAACCCCCCCUAGCUGUGUGGAGGACAAUCAGCAGGUCUCACCUCCGAGGCUCACAGACAACACAGUAGACACUGGGAGCAGCAACCACAAAUCUCCAGAUCUCCCCGGCAGUCGACUAAGACCGUGCCGAGCUCCUCCUCCUCCUCCAACACAGAAGCCUCAGCCUUGACACAAAGACUGGAGUAACAUCAAGCUUCAUAAACACACAGGCCUCGUUUUGACCAAAGGAACACAGCUUUGUUUUUUUUCCAUUCUAAUACAAGUAUUUGGCGGGUCUUCACAUCGGGCAGCUUAGUCACCAAGGGACAGAACACAGAGGACAUACCAAAUGUUCAUAUGUUAAUUUGUCCUUCAUGUGUUACCUCAGAGUGGCCUGGUACUCAGCUACACAGGAGCGUACUGAAUACAUAGACCAACAAACAGUGUGAGGGUAAUUAACCCUUAGCACUGUAGUAGAAUUAUAAUUCAUUCAUGAAACAUCUCAUAACUUUGGAGAAGUAAAUAUUUACAGGUAAAACAGUAGAAAAGUGAGAAGUUGCUAUUGUGUAUUGUUUCUUUACUUUGAAAGCUGUCAAUCGAUAUGACCUUUAACAAGAAAAGACACAUUUUGUGCAACUAACUGGCACAGUAGUACAGCUGUGCUGCCAACAGCUAAGUAUGUAAAAAUAAUUACAUAGAGCAGCUCUAACUAAGUCAUACUCAUUUUUUUUCCUUUGUUGUAUAAAUGAGAAUAUUUCUGUAUAUUAAGAAAAUUAUGAAAGAAUACAAAAUGUAAAUGACACACUUUACAGCAGUUAUUCAUGCUAUCAUAAAUCAUUCGAGAAUUGAGCUAUGAUGUAUGAAAUGUAUUUAUUCCAUCUGUGCGUAGACCAUAGGAGUAUUAUUUUCCACUGUAUUUUAUCAUUAUGAUGUGAUUAAAUUAAGGUUCAUUGUGCACUGUAAUAACAGUAUGGCAGAGGUGUUUCUGU